UUCGAACAAGAACUGAAAAUGUCAAACUAUAGACAAAAGAGACUAAAAAUAGAAGACAAUAGGUUCGUGGUAAACAAACUUUCUGUGCGGAUCUGGUAAAGAAUCAGUUGGUCUGCAAACGAAAAUAAUUUUUUUUUUAUUAAAUCGAUCCACUGCCAUCGGAAUCUUCACAGACCCAACAAAGUGGCUAGAAUGGCUGACAAUCAAGAUGAAAGAAAAGUCGAACAAGUUGUCGAUGGGACGGCUGCAUCACCGGAAAAAGUUGCAAACUCCGCCUGUGUGUCUAUUUUCAAUUCGGAUUUUUGUGAUUUUAUCCGGAAGCCGGAAAUUCUACGUGCAAUCGACGAUUGUGGUUUCGAAUAUCCUUUCAAGUUGCAAUACAAAUUUAUGCCACAGGCCGUUGUUGGCAUGGACAUUUUGUGCCAAGCACAAUCAGAGGCGGGAAAGACGACCGGAUUUGUUUUGGCCACAUUACAACAAGUCGAAUCGACCGCGGACCAUGUGUGCGCACUGGUCAUAUGUAAUAAACGUGUGCGAGCGUUCCACAUCAGCCAGAAGUACGAACUUUUUGGCGGAUAUAUGCCAGCAUUAAAUGUUGCCGUAUUCAUCGGUGGUCUGCCCGUUAAACGGGACGAAGAAUUGCUGAAAACGAUGACGCCGCACAUUGUUGUUGGAACGCCGGGUCGCAUUUUGGCUCUCGUUCGCAGCAAGAGACUUAUUUUGAAGCGACUGAAACAUAUCAUUGUCGACGACUGUGGAACGUCGUUGGAGCAAAUGGAUAUGCGUCGCAACAUAGUUGAGAUUUUCCGGAAUACACCGAGUGAAAAACAAGUGAUGAUGUUUUCAACGUCCUCACUGAGCGAGGAAAGUCGUGCCACCUGCAGGAAAUUUAUGCAUUCUGAUGCAAUUGAAAUUCAAUAAAAAUCUGUCCAAAUUUAAGUUACGAAUAAAAUGGAUUAAUUGUGGACUGGAC